CUAGAGAAAGAAGGAAGUGUCUGCUGAUCCCCGUCCGCACCUUUUCCGGCUGAUCGUUGCAGAGAGAGAGAAAGAGAGGCGCGAACGGGCGGAUCAAUCCGGGGAACGGGCGCCGCUGUGCAGAGAGAAGAAGCGAGGAAGCCGAGUCUCGGUGAAUCAAUGACCUUUGGCGUGGCCGAGAGAGGAGCCAUUCCGCCUCCGAGAAACAAGUGUGGGUGACAGCUGCAAAAAACAAAAUUAGAAAACCAGGCACGCACGCAACGGCGCUGCCCAGCCAGAUCAGGGGGAAAAAGAGACGGCGAGGAGAGCUCUGUGCGCGGAGAAGCACCGCGGGGAAGCGGCGAGCCAGCGCAGGCUUUCAGCGGGGCCUGCUCGGAAGCCGGGGUGUUUCCUGCAAACUCAAUCAGAGGCGCUUCUUCACUUAACGAGAUUCGGAAGGGACCCUUCCUCCUGGCAACAGGGGCCUAGUUGAGCGAAAAAAAAAGAGCAACCAUCCCGUUUGAAAGAGAGAAGAGCGAGCGAAUUUGAAUCGCACGGUUUCGCGUGGUUGCUGCUGGAGCUCCCUGUGCCCGGUUUGAAGAUCUCGCCCGGACGGGCUUGUUCUGUUAGGAAGCGGGUCAGACAGCAGGAUCGCGUCCCGUUCAGCGGCUCGGGUCGCGGGGUUGAAGUCUGUUUGAAAUCAGCCUGGAGGCGGCUUGCUUUAGUCCGAGAACAACUUUUGUUUGUGUGUUGGCGGCCCGGAUUGUUUUAUUAAAACUAUUUUUUUUUUUUACGAGUUCAACUAAGUGGUGACCGGUAGAAGAGGAACCUCCUGGCGGGGUUGUGUGUCGGGUUUGUCCGUGUGUGUGUGUUACUGUGGCCGAGAACGCUUCGGCUCACAACUUCGUUACUCAGUUAGAGAUUUUGUUUCAUCAUUUAUUUACCGGAUAUCGGUCAAUGUUUUACUUGCUGAGUUUGGAGCAAGUCGAGUGGACUGUUACAAUUACAUUCAAUUGAACGCAAGACUUUACACGUCUUCAUUAUUCAAACUGCUUAUAAAAAGAGCCGCAAGCACCCGCCCCGUUUCCUGAAGUAUUGGAUAUUUAUGCACUGUUUACAAGAUGGGGAAAAUGCUGUCAAAGAUUUUCGGAAACAAGGAAAUGCGGAUAUUGAUGCUUGGACUUGACGCAGCGGGCAAGACCACCAUCUUAUACAAGCUGAAACUGGGCCAGUCCGUCACAACCAUCCCCACCGUGGGCUUUAACGUGGAGACCGUCACUUACAAGAACGUCAAAUUCAACGUGUGGGAUGUCGGGGGGCAGGAUAAGAUCCGGCCGCUGUGGAGGCACUAUUACACGGGCACCCAGGGGUUAAUCUUCGUGGUGGACUGUGCCGACAGAGACCGGAUAGACGAGGCCAGGCAAGAGCUGCACCGCAUUAUCAACGACCGAGAGAUGAGGGACGCCAUCAUUUUGAUUUUUGCCAAUAAGCAGGACCUGCCCGACGCGAUGAAACCGCACGAAAUCCAGGAGAAACUGGGCUUGACCCGCAUCCGUGACAGAAACUGGUACGUGCAGCCGUCCUGCGCGACCACAGGGGACGGGCUGUACGAAGGACUCACCUGGCUGACUUCCAAUUACAAAUCUUAAUGGGCGGGUGAGGACUUUUAGAACAAGCAAAAAAAACAAAAAAAAAAACAAAAGAAGCAAUUAACUAAUAAUACGACUUCUCAGAAGAAUAUAUGUCAGAGAAGUCUGAUUAUAUAUUUUUUUCUUUUGGAUUAUUAUUAUGAUCCCCCCCCGCCCCCCGUUUGACUAAUCGUAAAUGUAAAGCCAGCGGAUUGGUGAUGCAGCUGGCUUUAGUUUUGCUUUGCUCUGAAUGCCAGGGCGUUUUUUCUAUUCGUUCCAGUUAUUCCAGUAAUAUUCCAUAAAAGACUAUUUUGACUAAAGAGAUGAUUGCUAUUUUCCCCAUCUUUUUCACCUUUAUUGCAUAAUGAUUUAUUUUUGGUUUUAUUUCUUGGGGAGUCAGGGAGGGGCAUUCUGAUCAUGCUUUAUUAUUAUUAUUAUUAUUAUUUCUAGUUUCAGACAUGUGUUCCUUUAAAAAAAAAACGAAUACAGAUUUGCUUGUGUUAUCUCCAUACAACCAGAUGAAAAAAAAAAAAUGUUGUUCAGGCCGAAUUCAAUUAGUAAACUUUAAACAAUAUUGUUGGAAACAAUGUGGUCUCUCUCUCUUUGAUUCAUUUUUAUAUGACCCUUCUGAGGCUUUUCAUUUUGUUUAAUGAACCACUGUCUUUUUAAAAAAAAAAAAAAGAUCCAGACAGUUCUGUGAGGUCUUAUUGCAGCAAGUAUUAAUGUGCGAAGUACGAUGAUGCUACUUUUUGAAUGAUGUGGAAGAGCUGUUGCGCUUGGUACACACUACUGAUGCCAAGCCAAGAGUCACGAUUGGAAUUAAAC